ACAAAGAAGUGAGGAAGUACACUGUAGUACACUAAUUACAUCAACUAGUUUGCGAGCCGAAAACUACUUUGCACCGCUGCCGGCACUUGACGAGCCACCAUGAACUACUGAAGUAAGUGAAGGUUCAAUCCCACGCGUCGUCGACUCGCACCACCGCAGCACCGACCCCUCUUCACAGCCAACUCCAAAUAUUCGAAUUUAGAAAAUUUCAUUUGGUUCUGGAGCCUCUGGCUUAGUUGAAUAUCCUUAUAGUUUGAGAGAAUAAAAAAUGGAGGCCAGUAAUGGUGAAGGUAGAGCAUCAAUUAUAGGGAGUACUGGAACUAUCGAUCUCUAUCCUACACAACGACAACAAGAUGAAGCAGUAGAUCUCACUGGGUGUGUGCAUCAUCUCCCAUGUUGCAUCAAAUAUAAUGGUCCCUCCGACGUCUCCAACUAUUUCAAGCCCAAAUCUUUCGGAGUUGAGAUUGAUGGUGGUUUAAAAGUGGAGGAAGCUUUCUUUAGGGGCAGGAAUUUGCAAGGGGUUACUGUUCCUCUACCAGAGGGCUAUGCUGGCUUUAUAUUGGGAAAGAAGAACUCCAGUCAAAGUAAGAAUAAGAAAACAGCUGGAAGAAGUAAAGUUCCUGAUAUAUCCGACAUCAGUGGAAACAAUUGGGAGACGCUAGCUAAAUGUGGAGAUAUAGCAUUCUGGAACCACGAUAGUCUUCCUUCGCAAGAUGAUGCCAGUCUGCGUUUGUUUCAUUGUUUUGCUGUUGCGAAGGCGUUGCACGAGCCAGUGAGUACCGAAGAAUUGACUUGAUCAGCAUCUGAAACUGUAGAUUUGGAAUAAUGACAUUGCUGGGCGGAGCAACAAUUUGCGAGGUUGUAUGCAACUUUCUUUACAGUGAUCAAGCUAAAGAUCUUUCUGAUAUAGAGGUAAUAUGAUCCAUGUAUUAUGAAGACAAAAUCGGCAUAUAUUUGGACGCAUUACAAUUUACCAUUGUUUGAAUCUACACUCUUUGCCUAAUCCUUGCACCAAGUUGAUGUGCUCUUGUAUUUCUUGUUUAAUGUUACCUAAGAAGAUGCAUCUUCAUCACAUUGUAUGUAUCUGACUGACUUACAUUUUCCUGGAGAGUGAACUUUUAUUGUACAUAAUUCAUUAUGUAAUUUGAAAGUUGUGAAAUUUUCACACCCUUCUUAU